AUGCAUCGUAAAUCAUUGAGGAGGGCUAGCGCUACUGUGCCUUCCGCUCCCUAUCGAAAGCAGAUUAUUAGCAAUGCACACAAUAAACCAAGCCUUUUCUCUAAAAUUAAAACUUUCUUUACCCAAAAAGAUUCAGCCAGAGUGAGUCCAAGGAAUAAUGUUGCUAAUAAACAACCACGCAAUGAGUCUUUUAACAGAAGAAUCUCAAGUAUGCCUGGAGGUUAUUUCCAUUCUGAGAUAUCCCCAGAUUCUACUGUAAACCGUUCCGUAGUUGUUUCUGCAGUGGGUGAAGCCAGAAACGACAUUGAGAAUAAAGAAGAGGAGUAUGAUGAAACACAUGAAACUAACAUCUCCAAUGCAAAGCUUGCAAACUUUUUUAGUAAAAAAGGUAAUGAGCCUUUAUCAGAAAUUGAAAUAGAGGGUGUGAUGUCAUUGUUACAAAAAUCAAGCAAAUCCAUGAUAACUUCGGAAGGAGAACAAAAAUCAGCCGAAGGUAAUAAUAUCGACCAGUCGCUUAUCUUGAAGGAGUCAGGAAGUACACCAAUCAGCAUAUCUAAUGCGCCGACCUUCAACCCAAAAUAUGAUACUUCAAAUGCGUCAAUGAAUACGACUUUGGGAAGCAUUGGUUCAAGAAAAUACAGUUUCAAUUAUUCUAGCCUGCCCUCACCAUACAAAACAACCGUUUAUAGAUAUAGUGCAGCGAAAAAGAUCCCCGAUACAUACACAGCCAACACAUCUGCUCAAAGUAUAGCAUCUGCUAAAUCGGUAAGAAGUGGUGUUUCAAAGUCAGCUCCUAGUAAGAAAAUAAGUAAUACAGCUGCGGCAUUGGUCUCACUAUUAGAUGAAAAUGACAGUAAGAAGAAUAAUGCAGCUUCAGAACUUGCUAAUCCAUACUCCUCAUAUGUAAGCCAAAUACGCAAACAUAAGAGAGUUUCUCCAAAUGCUGCACCAAGGCAAGAGAUCAGUGAAGAAGAAACUACUGUUAAGCCAUUAUUUCAAAACGUUCCUGAACAAGGCGAAGAACCAAUGAAACAACUGAACGCCACCAAAAUUUCACCAUCUGCGCCAAGCAAAGAUUCUUUUACUAAAUACAAACCUGCAAGGUCCUCAUCCUUACGCUCAAAUGUCGUCGUAGCUGAAACCUCACCUGAAAAGAAGGAUGGUGGAGAUAAACCUCCAUCCUCUGCUUUUAACUUCUCGUUUAAUACUUCAAGAAACGUUGAACCUACUGAGAAUGCUUAUAAGAGCGAGAACGCACCAUCUGCAUCAUCAAAGGAAUUCAAUUUUACCAACCUACAGGCGAAGCCGUUAGUUGGAAAGCCAAAAACCGAACUUACAAAGGGCGAUUCUACUCCCGUCCAACCAGAUCUUUCGGUUACUCCUCAAAAAAGUUCAUCGAAAGGCUUUGUUUUUAAUAGUGUUCAAAAGAAAUCACGGUCCAAUCUUUCACAAGAAAACGAUAAUGAAGGUAAACAUAUCAGCGCCUCAAUUGAUAACGACUUUUCAGAGGAAAAGGCGGAAGAGUUUGAUUUCAAUGUUCCCGUGGUGUCUAAGCAGCUAGGAAAUGGCUUGGUUGAUGAAAAUAAAGUUGAGGCUUUCAAGUCCCUAUAUACCUUUUGA